UUGAAUGGUUAAAUGAACAUCUGUGGCGUACGCGCUGAAGUGUAUGCUGUGUAUUUUCAUGUCAACGAAAAUAGUGUGUUCGCGAGUGGUAUUCGUCUUCUGAUCAGCUAUGUCGGAUUAUGAAAUGUGUAGAACUGGCAAGCUUGUGUUAAAAGGGGAGAAACGAAAGAAGUCACACAAGAAGAAAAAGACACAUGAGCCCACUCCAGAAGUGAAUGAAGAAACAAAGAAACUAAAUGAUGAAGACACAGUUCAGCACGGUGGUUGGUGGAAAGCUGGAUCAAUUUAUGAUGUACAUGGACCAGUUGCUCUUGAAUUUGGAAAUCAGACUUAUGCAAAGGCAUUAGAUGAUGGCCUCUUUAUGCUAGGAGCACCACAUCCUGAAGGUGAAGGUCCAUCUCCAGAAGAAAUUCUGUCUGCUCUUAUAAUUGAUGACACAAAAAUUGCUUUAAAAUCAGGCUAUGGCAAAUAUCUAACUGCCUGUAAAGAUGGAAAAGUGACUGGACGAUCAGCUGCAUGCGGACCUAUGGAGCAGUGGGAACCAAUUUUUCAGGAUGGAAAGACAGCACUUCUUGGAUAUUCUGGUUGCUUUAUGAGUGUAUCAGAGGAUGACAUGCUCAUGGCUGUGAAUCGUGUUGUUGGGCCUAAUGAGGUUUUGCAAAUUCGUUCUUGUGCAGUCCAAGAAGCUCCAAAAACUUCAAGUUUGCCUGCAGAAGAGGAAGGAAAUGUUAAACAAGUAGAAAUCAAUUUUGUGAAAAAAUUCCAGAAGUUUCAAGAUAAAAAACUGCGCCUAAAUCCAGGUGACUAUAAGGAAGUAAAAAAAGCCAGAAAAGAAGGAACCCUUCAUGGAGUGCUGCUUGACCGCCGAGCAAAGAUGAAGUCGGAUCGAUAUUGUAAAUGAUUGGGAUGUAGUAUGCAGAUUGCUAAUAAAUCUGUUUCAUUGAUAAAACUGUUGAGCGAUGCAAUCUGUGUGUGCCGUACUGACGAUCUACGACUGGUUUUCCAGCUGAUUCCUGAAAAUAUCCAUUGUUCAUUAGUUUUAUUUCUUGUAUAUAUUAUAUGUCUAUAUUUAGUGGAAAUUGUAUGUGUAAAUGCCAGUAGAUUAUUUUCACAGUCACAUUAUAUAAUAUUUCACUUGUACAUUUUUCAUUAUGUGAUGAAUUUUGUAAAAGAUCGCUACCAAAAUAGUAAAAGUAAAAUAAAACACAGCCACAUUCA